UAUCAGCAUUACUACAUCACUAGUAUUAAAAAAUUACCUAACCUCAAAUUUCAACUUUUUGAUUUGAAAGCGAACAAUAUAAACAGUGAAUCGAAUAAAAAUAAUUUAGAAUGGUGUCUUUGCUGAUAAAUGCAGUAAAAAGGUUGCAUAUAUCUUUUGCUUCUCAAGUUCGUGUAUAUUCUUCAAAUGUGACCAAUCCUGCUGUAUCUACAGACAAUAAUGUAGUAAUAUCGCAGAAGGAAUGGAAGUUUCCACCCAUUUAUACGAAACCCAGAGAAGUUUGGAUUGAAAAUCUAGACUCAAUAGAAGAGAAAAAGUUAGGGCUAUUUGAAUUGCAUCCUGACGUAUAUGCCGCAGUACCAAGAAUAGACAUUAUUCACAACAAUGUUAUAUGGCAAAGGAAGUACCGAUGGGUAUCUUGGGCACAAACUAAGACCAGAGCCGAAGUAAGAGGUGGAGGUAGAAAACCGUGGCCUCAAAAAGGGUUGGGCCGAGCCAGACACGGUUCUAUAAGAUCUCCAUUAUGGCGCGGCGGUGGGGUGGCCCAUGGCCCACGUUCAGGAAAAACCCAUUUUUUCAUGUUGCCAUUUUAUACCAGAUUACAAGGACUCACUUCAACCUUAUCGGCAAAACUGGCUCAAGAUGAUUUGCAUGUAGUCAAAGAUUUAGAAUUACCUUCAGAUGAAUCUGAAUACUUAGCAAAAUUAAUUGAAGAAAGAAAUUGGGGGCCUUCAGUAUUGUUGGUUGAUGAUACAGAUUAUGCUCCACGAAACAUAACAGUAGCAACAGAUUACCUUCCUCAUGUCAAUAUUAUGCCAGUAUAUGGGCUGAAUGUAUAUUCUAUGUUAAAACAUGACACCCUUGUAUUAACACUGGCUGCUGCAGAAAGAAUUGAGGAAAGGAUACUACAUCAUCUUCAUUCAAUAAACCAUGAUAAACAACAGUCAUUUAAACUUGAUCAAGUGUAAACAUUAUAACAAAUCAAUAGGUCAUCUUCAUACAAUUCAGCCUUCAUCCAAUUUGGUCAGUUUUGUGAUCAAUAGAUGAAAGAGCAGAACAAAUAUAGCUUAUUGCUGUGAGGAAGAUUUGGAGAAUGUUUUGAAUUAAAUAAAUUAUAUUAAAAAAUGUAA